ACCCAGCAGUCUCUUAGCACCUUACCAAUAAGAGCAGAGGAGCGGUCAUCUCGUGGCAGUUCCGCAGCCUGUUCCUGAUAUUGUCGCAGGCAUCUAAAAGUCAAGACGGGCCAUGAGUGAGGUAAAGGAUAGGGAUUGUGAUCCCCAGAACUCCCAUGUUGACAGGAGAUGGGACAGUCAGUUGUCAGUCCUCCCAGACAAGCUACAACAGAGACUGAUGCCAUUCCAAAAGGAGGGGGUCAAAUUCGCCCUAUCAAAGAAUGGAAGGUGUAUGAUCGCAGAUGAGAUGGGUCUAGGGAAGACGGUGCAGGCGAUCUCUGUGGCCUACGCCUACAGACAGGAGUGGCCUCUGCUCAUCGUGGUGCCCUCCUCUCUAAAGUACCCCUGGAUCGAGGAGAUGGAGAGGUGGAUCCCUGAGCUCAACCCUGGAGAUAUCAACCUGGUGGAGACCAAGAGUGACACGCUGGGGAUCAGUAGCAGUAAGGUAACAGUGUUGGGUUACGGGGGAUCAGUAGCAGUAAGAUGCACGCCCCUGGUGGAGGCUCUGACCAGACAGAGGUUUAAUGUGGUGGUGGUGGAUGAGUCCCACUACCUCAAGUCCAGGAACGCAGCCAGGUCUAGGAUACUGGUACCACUCAUCCAAAACGCCAGUGGGCGGGCCAUCCUACUGACGGGCACCCCGGCCCUGGGACGGCCAGAGGACUUGUACGGUUCCCCCCGAAGGUCCAAACACACGCCAUCCCCCGAUCACACAUUUCUGUCCUAUUCUGACGUUUGA